AUGACUUCAACACUAGCCUCCACCCUCGCCGUCCUCGCUUGUGCACUUUCGGUCUCGGCCGCACCCAUCGACCAACAUGCAGGCAACCUCCGCCGCCUCGUCUACUAUGGCAACAGCAGCGGGAGCAGCGGCCCACCCACUGUGUGGAUCAUUGUCGCCGUCAUCGGCGGUCUCCUGUUCUUCAUCAGCCUCAUCACCUGUGCCGUCCGUCGGUCCGGCGCGUCCAUGUCCAUGCGCCAGGCCGCACCGUCGCUGUCGCUGUCCCAGUCCAUGGGCCACAACCCCAACCCCCCGCCAUACGCCGUGACCAUGCCAGAGGCGGCGCACACGGCCGGACACCACCACAAGCACCACCACAGCCACAACCACAUGGGUACGCACGCACACCACCACCACAUGGCCACGCACCACCACCACAUGCCGUCGGUGGUCACGCACCACCACUGA